CCUGCUCUUGCAUCUGUGCGUGAACACACUCUUGACUGAUGAGCAGAAGCGAGUGAACCGGAUCUUACACUGUACGCGUGUGUAGGUUAAAUUAAAGUAGUCUAAACUUGUCAAUUAAACGCAAAUACAUUUUAAAUGCUGUUAAAAAUACAGCCGAUUUCAAGUAAUGGCACUAUCACAGGUUCAGUGCCUUGAUAACAAUCACAUCAACUUGCGCACUAACGAGUCCAAGCCGGACUUCUUCUACAGCGAGGAGCAGAGACUUGCGCUGGAGACACUCAUACAUGAGGGACAGGGCGCCUAUGAGGACUACAUCAAAACACACAACAUGCGCUGCUUUCUGUCGGACCUGGAACUCGAGAGGAUCCUCAGCACUGUGGAGGUGUAUAGCCCGGGCUCCCCUGAUCAUACCGCUGAGCUGCUGCUGGGGGACAGUGAUGGAGAGGAGAUCUCCCUUCAGUACUGGCCUGACCGCUCAGACCGCUCCAUCCCACAGCUGGACAUCGGCUGGCCGGACAGAGCGUCCUACCGCGGAGUCACUCGUGCUCAAGUGUACACUCAGCCCCCUUAUGAGGGGCAGUCACAUAUUAAAGAGGUCGUUAGAAAAAUGAUCUCCCAAGCACAAAAGGUUAUUGCAAUUGUCAUGGACUUGUUCACAGACAUUGACAUCUUUAAAGAUCUCCUGGAUGCAAGCUACAAACGGAGAGUUUCUGUGUACAUUAUGUUGGAGACCACCGGAGUGAAGCACUUCCUGAGAAUGUGUGAGAAAGCAGGCAUGCACACUGGACACCUCAAGAACUUGAGAGUGCGCAGCAUCAGAGGGGCAGAAUUUUUCAGUCGAUCCUCAUUGAGAGUUUGUGGAAGCCAAAGCCAGAAGUUCAUGUUUAUUGACGGAGACAAAGCAGUCUCAGGGUCAUAUAGUUUCACAUGGUCUGCCUCUAGACUGGACAGAAACCUCAUCACGGUUCUCACUGGCCAAGCAGUCGACACAUUUGACUCUUUGUUUCAGGACAUGUAUGUGAUGUCUAAUGAAGUGUGUCUGAACAAGAUUAAUCUGAGCAGUAAGCCUGAACCUGAGUUCUUCCCUAAAGUGGUACCCACUCUACUCCCCUCAGCCACCACAGCACUCAAGCUCAUUAACCCAAAAUACGCUCUUGUUUCCAACUGUGCUUUCACUACCAACAGACCUGCAUCUGACCAGACAAGUGCCAAGAAUAGCACUUCCAAGACACCAGUGGUGCCACCGGUUCACCCGGGACUGCGCAACCUGGGAAAGGCGAACAUGAUCAAUUAUGUGCCGACCUGGCCCGAUCCUGACCCGCCAAGUGACGUCAUUGGUUUCAUUAACAUAAGAGACUCCAACAAGCCAUUGCAAGCUCACCUAAUGCGUUCAGAACUCUUUGGAGUGUCUCAAGCCAUCCGAUUCAAGGAUCGUUUUCAUGAGCCAAAGGAGUCUUUAUCUCUGAGGGCUUGUCCUGGACCCAUAUCCCAAACUCCCUCUUAUCCUGAAGCUCCAGCUCAGAAACAAACAUCAGGUGAAGCACAGAAGAAUUUUGAUCAAAAUCAACAUCAAAGAAGCAGCCGGAGUGAGAAUCUUAUCUCGCCUUUGGAGAAGCUGGAAACAGUGCAUGUGCUUGCCUGUAAUAAAGUAAAUAAAGAGGAACUAUGUGUGAUGGAAAAAGAGCUGGACUCUAUAUCUUUGCAGAGAAAAAGCAUUAAUACUGAAAAAGACAUUCCCAAUACAAUUUCAUCUUUCGCUCGAGACGAUACAAAGCAAGCUCUGGAUACUCUACAACCUCUGAAAUGUCCUGCCCAAACCUCAGAGGAACUUGACUUGAAAUCAUUAUCAUCAGCGGUGUUCAACAAAAGUCAUCAUGACUCACUUGCCCUCAUAGACACUCCCUCUGUUAAGCAAAGCCAAGAUGACCAAGUCAUAAAUUAUGUUGCCACUCAAGACCACAGCGAUACAAUUCCAGACACAAACCAAAAUGGUUGGAAAGGUACACAGACGUCUAACUUUGACUCCAGCACCUCUUCAUUGUCUGAUGAAUACUAUGAGUGCUUUAGCCCUGUGGCUGACUUUAGGACUGUAGGAGAUGCCUUUGUGCCUGAAAAUACACCAGAAUCUUUGCAUAAUUCAAUGAAAAACAGUGAAAAAGAGCAGGAAGUUCCUUGUUCAAAUUCAUCCCCAGCUCAAGACAGUACAGAUUUGGAUAGUAAACAGAUGUUGUUUAUUCCAAAACUUUUAAAAACAUCUUGCAGUAUUGUUUUCAAUUUAUUAUCUGCAGACUUCAAAACAACAGCUGCAACUUCCAAAACCACCUUUGCCGAAAAAAGAGACGAAGGUCAACUACCAGACAGUGAAACCUGCUUCUCACAGAUUCCUAAUGGUUGCUUCAGAUUCUCUUCAACUUCAGAGGAAUACUUUGAGUGCAGUGAUACAGUGGGCUUGAAGUCAGAGAUUUAUGGUAUUGAUCAUAAAGUGAAACUAAGCUCACUGGAGACAUUAAGCUCGAAUGAACAACUACAUGUACUGAAGCCUGUCCUGGAAAUUGAGAAACUCUCUGAGCUGAGCAGCCAGAACACGAAAGAAAAUUAUGAACCUAAAAUGCAUUUUGGACAAGAGCAGCCCGAAUUUCAACAAAUACUAGAUAAGGCAGCUGACCUGGCACUUUUAAAGUCUGAAGAUAAUACCCAAACUCAAUUGGAUGAGAAAGAUCACAGAAAAGUACAAGAGACUGAAGUUACGUCAGAGCCAGUGGUAGAAAGCAAAUCGAUGAGUAACAUUUCUCAAGAACAUGAGAUAAGUGAAUCUCUGAAGGUUUUAGAGAGACAGUCCAAGGAAGAGUCUGUAGAGUUAGCUGAGAAAGUUGAGAAAGCACCAAUGCAAGACUUACAAUUUGAGGUAAGUCCAGAUUUAGCCUGUGAGCAACCUGAAAAAGAGCCACUACAGGGCAUACAACUUGAUGAAGAUCUGGAUUUAUUAUGUGAGGAAAAGUCUGUACUGUUAGCUGAGAAAGAUUCAUAUCCACAACCACAGGACUUAGCAUCUCAAAUAAGUCAAGAUGUAAAGUGUGAGGGACAAUCUGUAACGUUAGCUGAGAAAACUGCAAAACCACCACUGCAGGAUUUACAACCUGAGGUAAGUCUAGAUUUGAUUUGUAAGGGACAAUCUGUCCAGUUAUCUGAGACUACUACUAAACCGCCACUACAUGACUCUCAGUCUGGGGAAAGUCCAGAUUUAAUGCUCACACCUUCAGAAGUGAAUGCUAUCCCACAGUCGGCAACAGACAAUGAAUUUAGGAGCUCAAUACUGCAAGAUAAAGCAGAUGUAACUCCUGUAAUUCCAGAGAAGACCAAGGUAACAAAGUCCAUGGAGUUCCCUAAGAGUGAGGAACUGCAAAACCCAAUGGCUGAUUUAGAUUCUGGAUCAAAUCAUCCACUCAACCUAAAAUCCGAAGAGCAUGUGAAUGAGCAUUUAAAACUUCUGAAUGAUGAGGUCAGUCCAGCCGUGUUAAAGAGGAAAUCUGAGGAGCACAAUCCUCAAGAGAAAGUACCAGAACAGUUUGAAACCAUUGAGCUGCUGAUAUUAGAGGAUUCAGACUCCCAGGAGACAGAGCUCAACAAUUCUGAACCCAUAGGACCAAGAGCUGCACUGAGAAAAGAAACAAAAACGAGCAAAACUGAGUCUAUAGAACCAAAGACUAUAAAUGAUAGAAAAUCUAAAGAGAAUAAGCUUGUUCAUGAUGUUUACAGUAGGCAUAGAAAGCAAACAUGUCACCCGACAGCUCUGAUUGAUGAGAAACAAGAAGGGGAACAUAUGUGUACAAAUCAGAUGAACAAGAACCUGCCAGAGGCAAAACCCAAGCUGGAAUGUCUGGUUAAGAAGCAACCACAUCAAGCAUCAUCCAGAAUUCCUAUUCAAGCGAGAGGAGGGUUAACUAAGUUACCCAUCAGCAAAGCAGACACUAGCAACUGUUCAUUUGGGCUUCGGGCUCCUAAAGCUGGCAUGCAUAGACACCCAUUUGGAAAACCACUGGGGCAGAAUAAGCCUAGCACUACAUCAUCUCCAUCUCCUGAAAAAUUGUUCCCAGGAGGAGUUGCUUCAGUUAGGUCAACACAAAGACCCCCUUGCACAGUCCCUGCACCAAACGGUCCCACAUCUCCCUCAAAACUGCCGCAGGUCCAGCUGAUUGGUGCACCUAAGAUCGGGCAGUCAGACCAGCCAAAUAUUUUCAGGAAAUGUUCUGCGUCCUUAACAAAGUAUAGUUGCUCUUCUCCUGGAAUUUCCUGUACAGCACAAGUAAAGAAGCAGGCGACUAAAGGAUCUCCGCCAAACAAAUAGAAUAAGGCAUCAAAUUGUUGUAUACUAAUUUAAUGAAUGUAAUGAUGUGCAAUAGAAAACAAAAUGCUAAAAGGCCACUGGGUUAUUGUAGUAUUUUAUUGAACUUUUAUUGAACCGUGUGAGAUGAUCUCACAUAAAACUAUGCUUUAUUUAUUCUAGUUAGCCAGCAGAAAGUUAAUACAGGAUUAACAUAGGAUUUUCCCAAUACAAAUCAGUAUUCUAACUGAUGAAUGUUUUAUGAAUGUCCUUAAAGGGAUACUCC